CAGGCAUUUAGAAUACUAUGAAGCAUAAACGUAAUAUCUACGAACAAUCAAUCCUUGAAAAGUUACGAAGACAAAGUGAAGACAUAAACUUGAGUUCGGAAGAUGGGUUGGAACAAAUAAGUCUCAAUGAUGAUGGGGAUGAAAUUUCAGAGACGGAGAUGUUAAAUCAAAGUGGUGUUGAUCUACCAGAACCUGCUGCACCUAAGAAUAAAAGAGAUGAAAAUGAGCCUCUGCUUGUGAAGGUUAAAGACACCUCUACUGGAGAAAUCAUCACUCGCAAGAUGACAGCGAUUCAAGUUUGGGCGUUGAAAAAAAGUGAAAAAGUUAUGAUGGAGUUGGAUGCAGAUGGACAAGGUCGAGAUAACGGCUAGAACCUGUUUGUGAGAUUUCUUGGUCAGGUAGCUCGUCAAAUUAUAUUUUGUCCCAUAUCAAUCAAAAGAUGGGAUAAGAUGCCAGAAGAUAACACAAAAAGACAAUGGGAACUUAUUGAAGAAAAUGUUGAGUUUGAUUAUGCUACCGGCGUCAAAUGGGCUCUGAGGACCUUAGGUGAUAGAUGGAAGGCCCAUAAGUAUAAUUUACGGGGAGAAUACUUCUUUCCUAACAAAAGAAAGGCAGAAAUUCUGGCUGCGAAUCCCUCAGACAUACCGCCUGUUGAAUGGACUGCUUUUGUGGAUCAUUAUAUGGAUCCUAAAACAAAGAAACAAUGUUUGCAAAACACCAGAAAUCGUGAGAAGCUUAUAGUUUCACAUGCCGGUGGAAGUAAAAGCAAUGCUAGAAGAGCAACUCAGAUGGAAAAAAAAUUGGGAAGGCCUGUAUGUCGAAGCGAGGUUAUUGUAUCAACUUUGCUAAAGAAAGAUGGGAGUUAUGUAAGCGGAGAAGGACAACGAUUAGCUGAAAAAAUAGCAGAGCAUUUGUCUGAAGACCAAGAGCGUGCUGCCACUGAAGAUAUUCAUUCAAAGGUCUUAGCUCAUCCGGAUGAUUCAAUUGGAAAAUUUUGCGGUCCUGAGAAUGGUAAGCGAGUACAUGGCUUUAGUAAUGCUGCAUGUCCCAGUGGUUUUGGUAAGUCAAAGCGCAUCUUUGGAGGGACAUAUGCGGAGGUUCUAGCAGUGCAUCGCAACAACAUGUUGUAG